ACAAAAAAGUGUAUUGAAUUUUCGCAAUAAUAGACCGCGGCAACAGCGGCUUAUCAAUUAGUUUAUUUACUUCCAAGUUUACCAACAUUGUAAACAAAAGGUACAAAAUCGUAGCAGAAAAUGUCUUCAUUAGGAGAUUCGGUUGGUUAUCUAAUUUUUGGCAAUCCAAUUAGCCAAGCGCUAUUAUCGACUGCGGCGGAUGUGAUUAAAAGCACAGAAGCGCUUUUGCCACGCAAAUUGCCGGCACCGAAGGCAACUUUAUCUGCGCCUCCACCGCCACCUGUGCGCUUACCAUUGUGGGAGUUGGCUGGCAGGCAAUACAACUUCAUACGUCUAGCAGGUUUAUGUGGCGCAAGUGCUGUGAUUAUGGGUGCCUAUGGCAAACAUAUUUUUGCAAAAUUUCCCAAUUCAGAAGAUAAAACAGAGUCUAGGACGGUUUUUGAAACAGCGAAUCGUUUUCAUUUUCUUCAUUCAUUUGCACUUUUAGCAAUGCCGCUGGUGCGCAAACCGUUAUUGACCGGCUCCUUGAUGGCCGUGGGCACUAUACUGUUUAGCGGUGUACUCUACCAUCGCGCUCUGACUGGCGACAGAACUUACAUACCGGUGGCAACGUGUGGUGGCUUUUGCCUUAUCGUGGCUUGGCUUUCGCUAAUCUUUUAAGGCUAUGUAUUGUUGAUUGAUACCAUUCAUUUAUUGUCGUUUGUUACAUAAACG